AACGUUUAAAAGCUGAAUGUACUAUACAAAAUUUGUAUUUGCAGUUCUGCAGAAUUGUAAUAUCAUGUGAAAUGACAAUACAGGAUAUCAAAACUUCUGUGGCUGACAUUACUCAUGAUUAAAAAAAUAAUUCUAGAAAUAUGGGUUAGAUAUGUGUCGUUUAGUCGCUAGCCUCCAUUUUUUUUAGUUUUUAUACCAAAUUAUUUAUAUUUUUAUUUUUUUUGUAAUAGAACUUUAUUACAAUGGAACUUUAAACUUAAACAAACAGACGUUCAAUGUUUGAGAUUGCACCCAUUUACUUCAAUCUAGACAUUGAGAAUGAAAGUCUUAAAAACUUUGAUUCUGUAAUAUUUUUGUACAAUAUAACACCUGUAAAUAGUUCAGGCUCAAAACAUGGCGUUGAAAUUUGUCACUUUGAUAAAUAAAUAAAAUAUAUGACGUAACAAAUUUAAGACAAUUGUAAUUUGAAGCUUUCAUGUUGAUAUUGUUCGUGUACUUUAUUUUAACUUUAAUAGAUUGUGAUUGUUUCAGACUUUACCACUUAGAAGAGGGUAAUAAUAACUAAAAUAAAGAAGAAGUUAUGGGACUUAUAAGUUCACUGUUGCUCUGUCUGAGCACCUUAGUAGUGGCUCUCCUCUUAUGCCUCGUCUUCUAUAUAAAAUAUGUCAAUCGUUACUUCGAAAAGCGUGGGAUGCACUUUGGCGGACCGUCUCUGUCGCUGACUAGCCUUAUCACUUCAGCUCCUGUACAGAAGUCAUUCUCGAGCAUUUUAGCCGACCUUUACUCAAAAAACAAAGAACUCAAAGUGGUCGGUUAUCUUUCCUUGUGGAAGAAGAAAGUCCUCAUCGUCGAUUUGAACGUGAUAAGGGACGUCCUAGUGAAAGAUUUUGACAUGUUUCAAGACAGAGGCUUGUACUACAACAAAGAAGUUGACCCUCUCUCAGCACACAUUUUUGCGCUGGCCGGGCAUGAGUGGAAGACGACUAGAGCAAAAAUGAGUCCGACGUUUUCUUCAGGGAAGAUGAAGGGAAUGUUCAAUAUCAUCGUGGAAUGUGCCAAAGUGAUGGUCCAAGUUGCGGAACAAUUAUCGUCCAGAAAUAAAUUUGUUGAUUGCCAGACGUUGUUCUCCAGAUAUGGAUUAGCGGUUAUAUCGAACACUUCCUUUGGUCUUGACAGCGACGCUUUGACCAAUGAGGAUUCUAGAUUUGUCAAGAUGGCCAACAAGCUAUUCGCGCCGACGGCAGAAAGAAUACUGACAGCACUUCUCAGGUUCAACAAUGAUGUAGCCAGAUUGUUCAAGAUGAAAGUAACCCCCCCGGAUGUCUCAGACUUCUUUAUAUCUCUUGUGAUGGAUGCCAUCAAGUACAGGGAGGCCAACGGCGUCGUUAGGAAUGAUUACUUGCAACUUCUGAUUCAACUACGAGAUUCUGGAUCUUUUGGAACUGAAGAUGCUAAAGUAAGAUUCUCAGACAUGGAAGUGGCUGCUGAGGCAUUCGUGUUUAUCGUGGCCGGAUCUGAGACAACGUCCCGAGCCAUGAGUUUCUGUCUGUACGAGCUGGCAAUGAACCCCGCUGUACAGGCGAGGCUCCUGGAGGAGGUCGACUCUCUCCGGGAGAUUUCUUAUGACAGCAUUACCAACUUGGAGUAUCUCGACAUGGUUGUUGACGAAACGCUAAGAAAGUACCCUCCUGUGGCAUUUUUAGUCCGUGAGAGUUCUCAGGAUUACAAAAUCGCUGGUACAAAGAUUGUAAUCGAGAAAGGCACUCAAGUUUUGAUGUCAGUACAAGGACUUCACUACGACCCAGACCUGUUCCCAGACCCGGAACAGUUCAUUCCUGAACGGUUCAGCAAGGAGAAUAAGGUCAACAUCAAACCUUACUCAUACAUGCCAUUCGGCGAAGGACCUAGAUUUUGUAUAGGUCAGAGAUUUGGAAAAAUGACGGUGAAGACUGGGCUUGCAAUGCUGCUCAGAAAGUUCCAGGUACACCGUUCUCCUUCCACUCCAGAAACGAUAAAGUUUCACCCAAGGACCGUCAUCACUACUGCCCUUGGAGGAAUUUGGCUUAAACUGACAGACAGGAGUUCCGGAGAAACUGUUGACUUAGAGGAUGAUAGUUGAAGAUUAAAGACACACAUUUGAGUGCAUUAACUCUUAAAAUUAAGAUUAUGGUCAUAAUUCACAAAAUUGUUUUAAAUAUUCAGUUAUUAAAUCAAAAUAAAAUGCUAGAACACAUUUAAACAAUU